AAGGCCAUCUCUGUAUGUCCUGCAGCUUCAGCUACAGAUAUCUAACUUCUAUACACUUCAACCAUCUAUUUUUUGUAAGCUCCAUGAACAACCUCAAUCAGUGGCGUCGGUGAUUUUUAAACGUCAUUUGACAGAUGACGUGUUUACUUUUUUACGAUAAGGUUAUGUCCCAUAAAAUUUAUUGAAAAAUGAUUAUUGUGUUCGCUAUAAAUUAAAAUAACUUAUGCAGAGAAAUGGGUACCGCAGUUAGUAAAAAUUUAGAUUUAUCAACAAAUGAGUAUUUACUAAAAUUUGUAAGCAACCAACCCAUAUCACAAAAUGACCCCUUUUGGAAUAGAUUCGUGGCUUUUAAUAUUUCCCCACCAAUGACAAGUAAUGAUCAACUUGCACUAGAGUCAAAAAUUGAGAACCUCUGCCAGUUACUUUUGAAAAAUAAUCAUAUCUCUGGAAAUUUGGGUUCAAUUAUUGAUGUGUUUUUGUCUCGGGCUUCAGAGUUACUUGCUGCCACAACUACAGAUGCAAGUCUGUUUAUUUGGCAGUUAUUCAACAUUUUGUUUAUAAUUCGUUGCAUUUUGAAAUUUCUAACUGAAACUGUGACUGAAGAACAGCUCAUCGAGCAAGUUGAGUAUAAUGGCAAUGGAAUGAGACUUGAAGCUUUUAUUGAUUCCCUAGUAAAGAUAAUUGUUGAUGUAGAAGUUAAAGAUUCAACUUAUGGCAUUCAUCUUGAGGCUGUCACAACAUUAUUAGUAUUUUUAUCAGUUCAGUUACAUUCAAAUAGAAAAUCAGACCAAAGCAAUAUUUAUAGACUUAUAAUGAGGGGAAAGCAUACAACACAUGCCCCUUUACUUAUCAAAAGUUUAUUAAUAAAUUACACAAAUCAGGACAAAGUUCCUGUUGGAUAUGGCGCCAAUACAGGCCAUAGUCUCGUUUUAGGAAUUGCUGCAGAGUUAUGGUCAUUUUUGACAUUUAGUAGAAAGUCUGAUGAACUAUUAGUUUCUGAAACUAGCGACUAUCAAGAAGUACCACUGGCGACUCAAAGUUUAUUGCUGGUUUUGGUGUUGGUGCAUCAUUGGACCACAAAAAAUAAUCCAUAUAGGAAUAGUUUAUUUUUGUGUAUGAAUAGUGCAGACAAUAAUCCAAUUCCUCCAACACAAGCCAGUAUUUUGUCUAGAAUUGAUUAUAACGCCCUCUAUACUACCAUAUGUAAAAAAGCGUCAGGGGAUGUGACCACACUUCUACUAUAUUUAUUACUGCACAGGAAUGAACCCAUUAAAGCUUUUCUUUUAAGUAGGCCUGACCUGGAUCUUUUGAUUAUUCCUAUAUUGAAGACAUUAUAUAAUGCCCCUAAUAGCAAUUCACACCAUAUAUACAUGUCCCUUAUUAUUUUAUUAAUUUUAAGUGAGGACGACUCUUUUAACAAAACUAUUCACGAAAUUAAAUUAAAAAACAUAGUUUGGUAUACGGAAAGAAGCCUUACGGAAGUCUCUUUAGGCGGUUUGUUGGUGCUGGUAGUGAUACGGACUGUUCAAUAUAACAUGUUAAAAAUGCGUGAUAAAUACCUACAUACCAACUGUUUGGCAGCUUUAGCGAAUAUGUCUGCCCAAUUUAGAGACUUACACCCUUAUGUUAGCCAACGUUUAGUUUCAUUAUUUGAAACAUUAGCGAAACGAUAUCAGAAGUUAUCAACGAAACUCCUAAACGGAAAAAAUAUUAAAACUUCAGAAUUAGCCAUAACAGUAGUACAAGAUGGUGAUGACAUGGAACAAGACAUCACAGUUUUAGAAGAAGUUUUGAGAAUGGUUUUAGAAAUAUUUAACUCAUGUCUUUCCAACCAGUUGGUCAAUAAUCCAAAUUUAGUUUAUACACUUUUAUACAAUAAACAUAUUUUUGAACCGUUCAAGGAAAAUGUAGCUUUCCAGGACAUCAUCCAGAAUAUUGACAUUAUUAUUCAGUAUUUUUCAACUUUACUUGAUGAUAAAACGCAGCACAAUGAAGUAGAUGCCUAUCAAGUUCUGAACGUAAUUCAGCAGGGUGCUAAACGUUGGCCUAAGGAUAAAUUGAAGAAAUUCCCUGAUUUAAAAUUUAAAUACGUCGAGGAAGACCAGCCAGAAGAAUUUUUUAUACCUUACGUGUGGACCUUGGUUAGCCAACAGUCGAUAUUGCACUGGAUUAACGAUAAUUCCCCACUACUAGCGACUGUUUGCUAACACCGUAAUAUGCAAGAAUACAAAUUAUUUAUUACUUUGUUUAAAUUUGAGUUAAAACUUUAAUUUGUCAUUAUAAGUUUGUUUUAAAUAUUUCAUUACAUGUAUUUGUUAAAUGUUUAAUAUUUUAAUUGUUCCGUAUUGUACACAAUUUUUGUAAAAGAGUAAUCUUGUACAAUAAAUUGAAAUAAUUUGUUAA